CAGGACAAAUUAUCUUCAGUGGAGCUUCAGGUGGCUGUUUCUAGUCGGACUUGUUUAGAAUGCGCACACUACAAUGGCAGCAUACGAGAAGGAUAACGUGGACAAUGAUUUAAAUGAUCCAGGUGCUGCUCCUUAUGGCAACUUUAUAAACUAUUACACAUUUAAUCCACCUGAGAACCGUUUAAGUUUGCUGCCUAAUACACUCUUUCAAGAUUUAGGAUACAGAGACAUUCACCAAACUAUGUUGAUGCUCGACGUAGGAUGUAAUUCUGGGGACCUGAGUGUAGCUCUGUACAAACAUUUUGUGCUGACACCAGAAAAGGACGAAAGCUCAAAACCCAGGGCAGCUCACGUCCUGGGUUUCGAUUUGGACGAGAGCCUCAUUCAGCGAGCUCAAGAGACAAAUCCGCUUCCCGAAAACAUUUCCUUUAUUCCUCUAGAUAUCGCCAAGGAUCCCUCAAGCCAGGAUCCACUGCAGGACUACCUCAAACGACAUGGGUGUGCCCAUUUCCAUUUGUGUUUCUGUUUUGCCGUCACCAUGUGGAUCCACUUGAACCACGGAGACGUAGCUCUGUUAAAGUUCCUCUCUCGGCUUGCGUCCCUAAGCCAGCAUAUCGUCCUGGAGGCUCAGCCCUGGAAGUGCUAUCGCUCUGCGGCCCGUCGGCUACGGAAGCUUGGCCGCUCCGACUUUGAACACUUCAAGAGUUUGAAGAUCAACGGGGAUGUGGCCGACCAUGCUAGGAAACAUUUGGAGACACAAUGCAGCAUGGAGCUUAUCCAGAGCUUUGGCAGCACCACCUGGGAUAGAAAGUUGCUUCUCUUCAAACGAAAAUAAAAAUCCCCUCCAAUGAUGUGCUUGUGGGCCAGUAGAUUUGUCAAAUAUGAUAUUGUUGGAAAAGCAAACCCCUUUUAGUUAUUAAAUAUUCAAGUACAGGUUUAGUGUACACUACAUUAGCAUACUGUGUUGUAGGUAUACAAUUGUUGGAAUCGUUUCUUUAUACAUCCCAACUUGGUGUAGUCUUUAAUUGUCCACUGAUCCAAGCUUGAUUGGUGUAUAUUCAUUUACAUUAAACACCAGAACACAACCUAAUUUCAUCAUUUUAAUUACAGAAUGCUAAAAAUAA